AUGUGUCUCGAAAAGCGCAAGCUCUACACCGUCUGCGGUCACCAAUCCUCCGGCAUUCGUCUCUGCCAUCGACAGCGCGAGAUCCCCAAUGAUCUCGAGGCCUCAGGACCUUCAACCCCAAGCGGCAGCGACACCGGCGCCGCCCUUGCCUCCAAAAUCUAUCUCUGCUCACGCCUUACUCGCCUCAUUUUCCCUGCAACCCAGCCGGUCUCCUGCCGACCACCACAUCCCUACUUCACCGAAAUCCGCUUCGGCUUUUGUUUUCGCUGUCAGGCUUACUACCGCAGCGCCGGCUUUGCGCCCUCCGAGUCCGACACUCGCGACGACCAGGAUGUGGGAGAGGGGAUUCAGAAGUUGGAGGAUAUUAGGUGGAAGACGAUAAUGUGGGCUGAGGAGGGGAGGAAGAAGAGGGAGUGGCGAGGGGAGCUUGAGGAGAGGGAGAAGGAUUGGGAAAAGGAGGAGCAGGCAGAGGAAGAGGAAGUUGGUGAGCGGAGGGAUGUGCAGUCUGGGACUGGUUUUCAGCAUGAUGCCGCUACGGAGGCAGACGAAGCCAACCAAAUCACCAACAGAGCGCUGGUCGCGUCGUAUCACAACGUCCUGACAAGACUCGCUGCCUCUACUUCCGAGUACCAAUCUAACCUUUCCCGUAGCCACAGCGGGGAGACUGAUCUCACCCGUGUGGUCAAAGGAGAACACAACAAGGACGAACAUGAAAGGUUUCAUGUCAACGAAAACAUCGUUGCCGAACAGGAUGACACGGCUAACAUAACCGACGGCCUCCAGCCCGAGUCAUCCGCCUUCAGCGUUGAAGACCUAUAUAUCUGCGAUUACCACCAACUCUCAGAGAUCCUCGAGGAGCGCUCCUCGCAAUUCACCAAGUCCAGACCGUCCAAGGAGCUAUCAUCCAAGCCAUCUUCCGGCUCAACUUCCGGACUUACUGCCGCUGGCCAGUCUCCAGUCGUGAAGAAGGAUACGCACCUUUCACCGGGGGGCCAAGCAAUCAUCAAUUUUAGCAUGCCUUUGACGGGGUCCAGUCGCUUGACGAAGAGUAAUCUAGCCCGUCUUCGUGAGACACAUGCUUUAGAAGAGGAGGAAAAUACGCCGAAUGGAUAUACCAAAGCACCAGUCGCUAACGCAGGCAUCGGCGCUAACAUUCGGCCGCAGAAUACUGCUGCUACACCCUUCUCUGUGGCUGCCGGUAUCAACGUCACUAACAGCUUGGGAUAUUCUAAUACCCUCUCAACCUCCCCAUCACAAGCCCUUUGCACCCCAUCUCGGCACGGGCAAGAACAAACUUCCACUACCUCACAAGUUACCCCCAGUGUUGCUCCAGUCCAAUUUUCUUCUCCCAGCAUCGCUCCGAGCACUACUCCCGCAGCAAACCCCGUCACGACACACUCAAUCCAAUCAUGGGAAAACUUCACCAUUUCCACUCCUUCUCAGUCCAUUCAAUCAUCAUGGAGAAAAUCAUCAUCAUCAUCACGAGCAACAGAGGCAGGCGAGACAGGUGGUGGUGGUGGAAGAAGAAGAACUACGAGAAACAUCACACAGCUCGGUCUCAACCAGCUCGUGCUCACCACCACCACCAACUCCAGCCCGAACCCGAGCCUGAGCCCAAACCACGCCGGUGGAAACACGCCCCGCUUGUUAAGACGCACGCCCCGUCUUCAAGCUUUGAAUGAGGACAUUUAUCUCAGACCCGGACCGGAGCAAUCUGAUGAUGGUGAUGAUGGUGGGUCUGGACUCGGAGCGUCGGUUUUUGCGGAAUUGUCUGCGGGGAUUGUCGGGAAG